AUAGCGAAGAUCCUGUAUUGAUAUGUCCACCUGACAGUAGUUUAUCAAUUGACGGAGGAAUGUCGACAGCUACUGUCAUAUAUAAUGCUUCAGAUGUUAGAGUAACUGACAACUCAGGGGAAUCUCUUGUUCCAAUUACCACAACAUCAUUUCCAGCUAAAUUUGUGAUAGGACCAACCAAUGUAACGUAUACAGCAACCGAUUCCUCAGGAAAUACCGGUAGUUGCACGUUUACAGUAACUGUUAUAGAUAGCGAAGAUCCUGUAUUGACAUGUCCACCUGACAGUAGUUUAUCAAUUGACGGAGGAAUGUCGACAGCUACUGUCACAUAUAAUGCUUCGGAUGUUACAGUAACUGACAACUCAGGGGAGUCUCUUGUUCCAAUUACCACAACAUCAUUUCCAGCUGAAUUUGUGAUUGGACCAACCAAUGUAACGUAUACAGCUACCGAUUCUUCUGGAAAUACUGGUAGUUGCACGUUUACAGUAACUGUUACAGAUAGCGAAGAUCCUGUAUUGAUUUGUCCACCUGACAGUAGUUUAUCAAUUGACGGAGGAAUGUCGACAGCUACUGUCACAUAUAAUGCUUCGGAUGUUACAGUAACUGACAACUCAGGGGAAUCUCUUGUUCCAAUUACCACAACAUCAUUUCCAGCUGAAUUUGUGAUUGGACCAACCAAUGUAACGUAUACAGCUACCGAUUCUUCUGGAAAUAUUGGUAGUUGCACGUUUACAGUAACUGUUACAGAUAGCGAAGAUCCUAUAUUGAUAUGUCCUCCUGACAGUAGUUUAUCAAUUGAUGGAGGAAUGUCGACAGCUACUGUCACAUAUAAUGCUUCGGAUGUUACAGUAACUGACAACUCAGGGGAAUCUCUUGUUCCAAUUACCACAACAUCAUUUCCAGCUGAAUUUGUGCUUGGACCAACCAAUGUAACGUAUACAGCUACCGAUUCUUCUGGAAAUACUGGUAGUUGCACGUUUACAGUAACUGUUACAGAUAGCGAAGAUCCUUUAUUGACAUGUCCAGCUGACACCAGCUUAUCAACUGACGGAGGAAUGUCAACAGCUACUGUCAUAUAUAAUACUUCAGAUGUUACAAUAACUGACAAUUCAGGGGAAACUCUUGUUUCAACGACUACAACAUCAUUUCCAGCUGAAUUUGUGAUAGGACCAACUAACAUAACCUAUACAGCCACUGAUUCCUCAGGAAAUACCGGUAGUUGUACGUUUACAGUAACGGUUACAGAUAGCGAAGAUCCUGUAUUGACCUGUCCACCUGACACUAGCUUAUCAACUGACGGAGGAAUGUCGACAGCUACUGUCACAUAUAAUGCUUCGGAUGCUACAGUAACUGACAACUCAGGGGAAACUCUUGUUGCAAUUACCACAUCAUCAUUUCCAGCUCAUUUUGUGAUUGGACCAACCAAUGUAACGUAUAUAGCAACCGAUUCUUCUGGAAAUACUGGUAGUUGUACGCUUACAGUAACUGUUACAGAUGUCGAAGAUCCUGUAUUGACAUGUCCAUCUGACACCAGCUUGUCAAUUGACGCAGGAACGUUGACAGCUAGUGUUACAUAUAAUGUUUCGGAUGUUACAGUAACUGACAACUCAGGGGAAACUCUUGUUCCAACUACUAUAACAUCAUUUCCAGCUCAAUUUGUGAUUGGACCAACCAAUGUAACAUAUACAGCUACCGAUUUUUCAGGAAAUACUGGUAGUUGUACGUUUACAGUAACAAUUAUAGAUGCCGACGAUCCUGUAUUGACAUGUCCACCUGACAUAAGCUUGUCAACUGACACAGAAACAUCAACGGCUACUGCCACAUAUAAUGCUUCGGAUGUUACAGUAACUGACAACUCAGGAGAAAUUCUUGUUCCAAUUACCACAACAUUAUUUCCAGCUCAAUUUGUGAUUGGACCAACCAAUGUAACAUAUACAGCUACCGAUUCUUCUGGAAAUAUUGGUAGUUGUAGGUUUACAGUAACGGUUACAGAUAACGAAGAUCCUGUAUUGACAUGUCCACCUCACACAAGCUUGUCAAUUGACGCAGGAGCGUCGACAGCUACUGUCACAUAUAAUGCUUCGGAUAUAACGAAGAUCCUGUAUUGA